GGACAAGAACUGACAAUAGCCAAGCUAGAGAAUUCCGUCGCUACGAUGGAAGAGCAGCAACUAACAACUGACCCUCGAUAUCAAAAAAUGCUGCAGUUGAAAUCGAAGUUGACGGGAGCACCUCCACCUACCGAACCAGCACAACAGCCUUCCCCGUCUGUUAGUCAGCAGCAGCCACAGAUUACUUCUGCGCAGCUGAACCAAUUGCGAGCUCAGGUUGGGCGUUCACUCCCGUUGUUUCUAUUACCCCUGCAUGUCAGCGUAUACAAGCUUUUGGCAAGGAACGAGCCUGUUCCACCUGCGCUGGCGGCUGAAGCAGUUGUGAUGAAAAAUAAACCAACAUCGCUUUUGCCUGAACCUUACGAAUUCCCUGGUGAAGCGGAAAAUGGCGAGAAAUUGCCUUAUGAUCUCAUGAAGGUUCUAAAUAUACACCAACAGCGCUGUGCUCGACCAACGUCACUACCUACCCCUGUAGGCAUAGAUCCAGCGUCUUUGUUGAAGGAGAGGGAGUACAGGUAUUUUUGUUAUUUGCAAUGGCAUCAAAGAAGUUUUGAGUUCUUUAGAAUACAAAAUCGCACAGCUUUGAACCCUUACGCUUAUCGACGCACGAAGAGGCAGUCACUUCGAGAAGCAAGGGUGACUGAAAAGCUUGAGAAACAGCAAAAGAUGGAGCAAGAAAGGAAACGCCGCCAAAAGCACACCGAUCUCAUGCAAGCAAUCAUUCAACAUGGACGAGAAUUCAAAGAAUAUCACAGGAAUAAUCUUCUCAAGACACAGAAAGUCAAGAAGGCG